GGCCAAACCAGGAAGCGGAAGUGGCGUUGCGGCGCGACCCUCGGCGCGUGUGUGGGUCCCACGUGUCAGCAUUGAUACAAUGGAAGUCAAAGGGAAAAAGAAAUUCUCAGGAAAAGGUUCAAAGAAAUCACAGGAGAAGGGAUUUCCGAAGAAAAAUGAUUCUAGUUCUUCCAAGAUGCCCCCAAGAAAAGUUGUCAAGGAUGGCAAAUCUAAAAUCGCAUCUAAGAACUUUGAGAAAAGUGCCACAAAGCCUGGGAAAAAGGGUGUGAAACAGUUCAAGAACAAGCAGCAAGGGGAUAAAUCACCGAAGAAUAAAUUUCAACAGGCAAAUAAAAGUCACAGGAAGAGAAAGUUCCAGUCUGACGGUACAAGCGAUGAAUCAGCAACCAAGAAACCCAAAUGGGAUGACUUCAAAAAAAAGAAGAAAGAGUUGAAACAGACCCGGCAACUCAGUGAUAAAACCAACUAUGACAUUGUUGUUCGUGCUAAGCAGAUUUGGGAGAUCUUAAGAAGAAAAGACUGUAACAAAGAAAAAAGAGUGAAGUUGAUGAGUGAUUUGCAAAAGCUGAUUCAAGGAAAAAUUAAAACUAUUGCAUUUGCACAUGAUUCAACUCGUGUGAUCCAGUGUUAUAUUCAGUAUGGUAAUGAAGAACAAAGAAAACAGGCUUUUGAAGAAUUGCGAGGUGAUCUGGUUGAACUGAGUAAAGCCAAAUAUUCUAGAAAUAUUGUCAAGAAAUUUCUCAUGUAUGGGAGUAAACCGCAGAUUGCAGAAAUAAUGAGGAGUUUCAAAGGCCACGUGAAGAAGAUGCUGAGGCACGCGGAGGCCUCGGCCAUCGUGGAGUACGCGUACAACGACAAGGCGGUCCUGGAGCAGCGGAACAUGCUCACGGAGGAGCUCUAUGGAAACACGUUCCAGCUUUACAGGUCGGCAGAUCAUCCAACUCUGGAGAAAGUAUUACAGGUACAGCCAGAAAAACUAGAGCUUAUCAUGGAUGAAAUGAAACAGAUUCUCACUCCAAUGGCCCAAAAGGAAGCUGUGAUUAAGCACUCGUUGGUGCACAAAGUAUUCUUGGACUUUUUUACUUAUGCAACCCCAAAGUUAAGAUCAGAAAUGAUCGAAGCCAUCCGAGAAGCAGUGAUAUACCUGGCACACACACAUGAUGGCGCCAGAGUAGCCAUGCACUGCCUUUGGCAUGGCACGCCCAAGGACAGAAAAGUGAUUGUGAAAACAAUGAAGACUUAUGUUGAAAAGGUAGCUAAUGGACAGUACUCCCAUCUGGUUUUACUGGCGGCCUUUGAUUGUAUCGAUGAUACUAAGCUUGUGAAGCAGAUAAUCAUAUCAGAAAUCAUCAAUUCUUUGUCUAACAUAGUCAAUGACAAAUACGGAAGGAAGGUUCUGUUGUAUUUACUAAGUCCCAGAGAUCCUGCACAUAUAGUGCGAGAAAUCAUUGCAGUUCUGCAGAUGGGAGAUGGAAACGCACACAGUAAGAAGGAUACAGAGAUUCGCAGGCGGGAGCUCCUGGAAUCCGUUUCUCCAGCUUUGCUGAUCUACCUGCAAGAACACGCCCAGGAGAUGGUGCUAGAUAAAUCGGCCUGUGUGUUGGUGUCUGAUAUUUUGGGCACUGCCACUGGCGACGUUCAGCCGGCCAUGAAGGCCAUCGCCGGCUUGGCAGCAGCAGAACUGCAUCCUGGUGGCAAGGAUGGAGAGCUUCACGUUGCAGAACAUCCUGCAGGGCACUUGGUCCUGAAGUGGUUAAUCGAACAAGAUAAGAAGAUGAAGGAACAAGGAAAAGAAGGUUGUUUUGCAAAAGUACUGGUUGAGCACGUUGGUAUGAAGAACUUGAAAUCCUGGACUAGUGUAAAUCGAGGUGCUAUUAUUCUUUCCAGCCUUCUCCAGAGUUCUGAUCAAGAAAUUGCAGACAAAGUCAAAGCUGGUCUGAAAAGUCUGAUUCCCACGUUGGAAAAAAACAAAAACACCAGCAAAGGAGUAGAAAUCCUACUUGAAAGAUUGACUGCAUAGAUCAUAAUAAGAUUGAAUCAGUUUUUUCUUAUUUUGUUCUGUUUUCUCAAUGUGGAAAACACUGAUAAUUUGAAUGCUCUGUAUAUGUGUUUCUUUGUACAAGAAUCUAUUUAUAAAAUCAUUUCUUCAA